GUCUUUCCCCAACCCCCCGGAAGUUCUUCUUUUAAUCCCUGAAACAGAAGAGGUCUGGGGCUACAGCUAGGCUCAGGCUAAUCAUGCCUACAGCUGUGACUAUGGAGGAAAAUUUGGAUAAAUUACAAGAGCAAUGCGAGGCUCAAGAACUUGAGGCGCCAGGGGGCAUCGCCACGCCGCAGGUGUACGCGCAGCUGCUGGCGCUCUACCUGCUGCACAACGACAUGAAUAAUGCCAGGUAUCUAUGGAAGCGAGUUCCACAGGUAAUUAAAUCGGCAAACCCCGAGCUCACAGCUAUUUGGACCGUAGGCCAGCACAUUUGGCAGAGAGACUUCCCAGGGAUCUACACAGCCAUUGCAGCUCACCAGUGGUCAGAAAGCAUUCUUCCGGUCAUGGAGGCCCUGCGAGAGAGCACGCGACAGAGGGCCUACAGCUUGGUGGCGCAGGCGUACACCUCCAUCACAGCGGAGGACUUUGCUGCUUUUGUGGGUUACUCUGUUGAAGAAGCAGUGAAAGGCGUAGUGAGUCAAGGCUGGCAGGCAGAUCCCACCACCAGGAUGGUCAUGCCCAAAAAACCAGACCCUCCCCCAGUGUCCUUGGUUCCAAAUGAACAGCAGUUGGCCAGACUCACAGACUACGUGGCUUUCCUGGAGAACUGAUAACCCACCCAUCAUGCCUAUCUGAUACUGGACAGUCUUAGUCUGCUUUGCAAGAUCUCACUCCACUCUUCCAGCUUCCAUGAACUCAUUUGGUCUUUGAACUCUUGACAAAGUUUAUGUUCAACCAAUGAACAUAAACCUUCAUAUUCAAAAAGUUUUUUGUUUUCUUGGUUCUGCUGUGAACAUUUGAGCCCAAGUCCUGCUGUAUGAUCCAAGUCCAAGUUGUCGGUAAAUGUGCAAACCUUCAGUCCCAGCCGCAGGUUUGAUUGAAGGAGGAUCCUCAGCCUAAAGUUUGCAUGUGGAGCAUCCGCUGUGAGCUCAGGCUUCUGACUUUGUGCUUUCAGUUUUGUUUAGAUUGACAAAUAAAUGCUCUGCUGUUUGUAAAAAA